GAACUUUUCCACGACAUUCUAAUUUAUUGAGAUGCACCUGUAUAUAUAUGUUUUUUAAAUUAAGCAGUGAAACAAUUUUAUUUUAAAAUAUUAUUCAUAUUUGAAAAACUUUUGUCCAGCAAAAAAAAAAUUAGGUGGCGUAACCAACAUGCUGGAAGCCAAACAAACAAACAAACAAACAAACAAACAAAAACUUGAAAGAGGACCCCUUUAGACCCUCAAGACUGAGUGUGAAGUAAAAAAAAAAUAUAUAUAUAUAUAUAUAUUUUUCACAGUUUUGAGUCAAAUGGAGUAACCCUAAGAAAACCUUGAUAUUUGUGACUCAAAGAUUCAUGAUAUUUGUUUUAUAUAUAUAUAUAUAUAUAUAUAUAUCAUCUUCUUCUUCUUUCGGCUGCUCCUGUUAGGGGUCACCACAGCGGACCAUCCAUGAUCCACAUAUUUGACUUUGCACAGGUUUUAUUCCAUAUAUAUAUAUAUAUAUAUAUAUAUAUAUAUAUAUAAUACUGUAUAUGUUUUAUGCAUUUUGUGAGCAUGGUGGCUAGGUUUCUGGACAAUGAAUCAAGCCUCACUGUGAUACAAAACAUGACCAUAUCAGUGGUCAUGACUCAUGAGCCGUGCCUAAAUGAGAAGCAUACUUGAACCAAAAAUGUUUCUCUUCAGGUUUAUACAUGUAUCCAGUGUUGGGUGUAAUCUGAUUACAAAGUAAACAGUUACUGUCAUCUAAUAACUUUUAAGUCACAUAAAAGCAGUAUAAUGCAUUACAUUUUAAUGUAGUGUUUAUCAGAUUCCAGUUACUGGCUCAAAUUAACUAAAUCUUGCCUAAGAAUCUUGCCUGCUGGGGGCAAAAUGAUCAGACAUGGCCCUGAUUACCCUGACUGUUACACCUGUUUCAGUUGUUAAAGGGGUAGUUCAUCCAAAAAUGAAAAUUCUGUAAUGAUUUUCUCACCCUCAUGCCAUCCCAGAUGUGUAUGACUUUCGUUCUUAUGCAGAACACAAAUUAAGAUUUUUAGAAGAUCUUCUCAGCUCUGUUUGUCCUCACAAUGCAAGUAAAUAGGUGCGAAACUUCUGAAGCUCCAGAAUCUACAUAAAGGGAGCAUAAAAGUAAUCCAUAUGACUCCAGUGGUUAAAUCCAUGUGCUUAGACAUGAUAUGGUAGGUGUGGGUGAGUGUACCUGAGCCACAGACCACGAGCCAACGUCCACGCCUGCCACAAAGGGUGGACUGGCCAUAGGGAGAACCGGGACUUUUCCCAGUGGGCCGGCCGUGAUACGGCCGAACACCCUGCCACCCCCAAACUUUUGGGCAACUACAAACUUUUUGGCAACUACCAACUUUUGAGCUCCCUUGUGCUUUGACUUUGCUUCCUGAGUCCCCGGCUGCCCUGACUACAUAGCCCACUGAGUCCCCAGGUGCAACGUCUUCUGCUAUAGAAAAGAAAACUAUUGUUCCCUAGGCUUUGAGAGGCUGCAAGGAAGCAGUUUCACUUUAAAGAUGCUUUUUGUAUUUAUAUACUUAUUUCACUAAGCUUUCUCCCUAUCAAAUUUCAAUUUUGAAUUCUCUAUCUAGUGAUUGAAAGGCAUACAUUGAGGGCAUGCAGAUAACAUGCUGGUACAGGUAUCUCGAAGCAGGAAGUGCUUUUUGCAUCAGGCUGCGUAUGAAAAUAAACCUGUCCACAUUGUGUAAUAUUGGAAAGUGACUCAGUAUACUUUUACUGAGGUUGGUAUACUUCGAUUUACUUUAAGAAAUGAAUAUUUAACAGAAAAUUAACAUGCUACAGAAAGCAAGCUGAUUUGUUCAUUAAUUCAGAUGAAGAAGAGCAAUAGGAUUGUUGUUGGAUUAACAGGAAAUGCAACAAUAAGGCUGUUGGUACAAAUGGGAAAACUAUCCCUGAUGACAUCAUUGAUUGUUUCCAUGUGGAGGAAGUGACAGGGAGCUGAUAUAUAGUGAAGAAAAUUCUAACAAAUCAGCAAUAGUGCUGAGGCAUGUACAUUCAACAGCCCUAAACCCCCCCUCCCACACCCCACACCCCCACACCAUUCACCACAUAGACACACAAUUCCUGGCCUUUUGAGCCAGUUGAUGACUUCAGGCUGAAGUUAAGCAAGUUUUCUAUGAAAGUUUGUGGCUGGUGCUGGAUGCUUACGAUGAAAGGAAACAAGACGUCUUGUAUAUAUAAGAUGGAGCAUCAAGAACAUUUGGAGAAAUGGUGGCACAGAGAUAGACCAACUCUGAAACACUACUGCAAAGACUACAGAAACUAACCCGUGUGUCAAUACCAUCAUCAGGGAGAGACAAGUAAGAAUACAUUAGUCGUAUGUGAAUGAGCAUAUUACAGAAAUUGUGUUUGUUUUGUCAUUUCAUUGGUUUGUCAGAUGAGUUUUCUAUCAAUGAACACCUUUGCUUUCUACACAUUUGAUCUAAUUGGUGGGUUUUGCUGUACAGUGCAUGCUGGGAUUUACACCUUGUUACUGCUGCUGUGUGUGAGGUCAGGCAGCUCUGCACCGUCCAACAUAUCAACCUGUGGCAAUAUAAGGAAGCAGGCAGAAAUAAUAAUUGAAAUGCUGAGAAACGGAAAGGCACAGCCCACAAAUGUGCCAAGUACUGGCAUUUUCAUCCCUGUCGAAAAUGGAUGUGAAGAGGCAAAGUGUGCCAUUUUAAAGAAACUUGAUGAUUACAAUAGCUGUACAUUUCAAUUUGGAAAAGAUUACAUGGAAAUCAAGAAGGAACUGAAAGGCCUGAUUGACAAUUUGCAGCUGCUCAGAUGUUCAAAGGCGGAAACGUGCAAUUUACCAGCUCCCUCGUGUCCCCUGGAAUCUAUGUGGCUUAAAGAAAAUAACCUUGCAAAUCAGGUCAUUUCUUUGUGUUUACAAACACGGCAUGUGUGUCCUCCUUAACUUCAAAAAGAACUGUGAAUAUCUUGCCAUAUUUUAAUAUUUAUUUUUACAUGUUUUUGUAUACGUAUUUAAUUUAUACAAUUAGAAAAAAUUUUGUGGUGAUGAUAAAUUACAAUUUAUUGAACUAACAAAAGAAUAUUGGAUGAAAAAUGUUAAUGUUUUACAUUUUUAUAUAUAUGUUAUAAUUGAUAUAAUUAGAGAUGUUUUACACUAUUUUUGUGCCCCUGACAUUUCUCUAAUACAGAUUGGAGACUUGGAAACAUUUUGUGCCUAUGAUAAAUGAUAAUAUAUUGAAAUAAUAA